AUGUCGCUGGAGGCCCGGCGGCCGGCGCAGCUGGGAGCGCACGGACCGUCGGCCACCCGGCCCGAGCGAGGCGCGCGCCGCCGCGAUGCUGCGAGGCCGGCGGUGCGGGCAGCUCGGCUGGCCUCGCCGGGCUACCGUGCCGGGCAGACUGCUGGCUUGGCUGAUGCUGGCAUCUGCAGGCGCUGCAUCCUGCCCCGAGGGCCUGGGGGAGCUGAGAAACCUCACCAUCGUGAAGAGUGGCCUUCGUUUUGUGGCUCCAGAUGCCUUCCGUUUCACUCCUCGACUCAGUCGCCUGAAUCUGUCUUUCAAUGCUCUGGAGUCCCUGUCCUGGAAAACGGUGCAGGGUCUCCCCCUACAGGAGAUAGACCUGUCGGGAACCCUCUACGAUGUUCCUGUGGUCUGCACUGGCUUCAGCGCUGGGAAGAGGAGGGGCUGGGCAGACUGCAUGCCCAAAGGCUGCAGUGUACCAGAUCCCUGGCCCUUGGGCACAACACCAGCUGUGGUGUGCCCAUGCUGAAGGUCCAAGUGCCGAACACCUCUGUGGAAGUGGGGGACGAUGUCCUGCUGCAGUGCCACGUGACUGGGCAGGGGCUGCACGAUGCUGGCUGGAUCCUCACUGAGCUAGAGGGCACAGCCACAGUGAUGACAUCUGGAGAUCUGCCUUCCCUGCAGCUGAAGCUGGCCAAUGUCAGCAGUGACCUCAACAGGAAGAAUGUGACAUGCUGGGCAGAAAACGAUGUCGGCCGGACUGAGCUCUCUGUCCAGGUCAACGUCUCCUUCCCUGCCAGUGUGCACCUAGGUAUGGCUGUGAGGCAGCACCAAUGGUGUAUCCCCUUCUCUGUGGAUGGGCAGCCGGCGCCCUCCCUCCGCUGGCUCUUCAAUGGCUCCACGCUCAAUGAGACCAGCUUCAUCUACACCCUUUUCCUGGAGUCAGCCUUGACCAACGAGACGAUGCAGCAUGGCUGCCUUCGCCUCAACCAGCCCACUCACGUCAACAAUGGGAACUACACCCUGGUGGCUGUCAACCCUUAUGGCCAAGCGUCUGCCUAUGUCAUGGCCGCCUUCAUGGACAACCCUUUUGAGUUCAACCCUGAGGACCCCAUUCCUGUCUCCUUCUCGCCAGUGGACACUAACAGCACGUCUAGAGAUCCAGUAGAGAAAAAGGAUGAAACACCUUUUGGGGUCUCGGUGGCUGUGGGCCUGGCUGUCUUUGCCUGCCUGUUUCUUUCUGCCCUGCUCCUUGUGCUCAACAAAUGUGGACAGAGGAGCAAGUUUGGGAUCAACCGUCCCGCUGUGCUGGCUCCAGAGGAUGGGCUGGCCAUGUCACUACAUUUCAUGACAUUGGGUGGCAGUUCGCUUUCCCCGACUGAGGGCAAAGGCUCUGGGCUCCAAGGCCACAUCAUCGAGAACCCACAGUACUUCAGUGAUGCCUGUGUCCAUCACAUCAAACGGCGGGACAUCGUGCUCAAGUGGGAACUGGGUGAGGGCGCCUUUGGGAAGGUCUUCCUCGCUGAGUGCCACAACCUGCUGCCUGAGCAGGACAAGAUGCUGGUGGCUGUCAAGGCACUGAAGGAGGUGUCUGAGAACGCUCGGCAAGACUUCCAGCGCGAGGCUGAGCUGCUCACCAUGCUCCAGCACCAGCACAUUGUGCGUUUCUUUGGCGUCUGCACCGAGGGCCGCCCGCUGCUCAUGGUCUUCGAGUAUAUGCGGCAUGGGGACCUCAAUCGCUUUCUCCGAUCCCAUGGGCCAGAUGCCAAGCUGCUGGCUGGUGGGGAGGACGUGGCUCCAGGCCCCCUGGGUCUCGGGCAGCUGCUGGCAGUAGCUAGCCAGGUGGCAGCAGGAAUGGUGUACCUAGCCAGUCUGCACUUUGUGCACCGGGACUUGGCCACUCGCAACUGUCUGGUGGGCCAAGGACUAGUGGUCAAGAUCGGGGAUUUCGGCAUGAGCAGAGACAUCUACAGCACUGACUACUACCGUGUGGGAGGCCGCACCAUGCUGCCCAUCCGCUGGAUGCCGCCUGAGAGCAUCCUGUACCGCAAGUUCACCACCGAGAGCGACGUGUGGAGCUUCGGCGUGGUGCUCUGGGAGAUCUUCACCUAUGGCAAGCAGCCGUGGUACCAGCUCUCCAACACCGAGGCGAUCGAGUGCAUCACGCAGGGACGGGAGUUGGAGAGGCCACGUGCCUGCCCACCAGAGGUCUACGCCAUUAUGCGGGGCUGCUGGCAGCGGGAACCCCAGCAGCGCCACAGUAUCAAGGAUGUGCAUGCCCGGCUCCAAGCCCUGGCUCAGGCACCGCCUGUCUACCUGGACGUCCUGGGCUAGGGGCUGGGGCAGAAACUGGAAUAUUCCUGGCCUGACCUCAGCUACCUCCUUAGCUCCCAGUAGCCCCAGGGUGAUUGCAAAGCAUCUCACUCGCCCUCAGCAUGUGGAGGGGACAGGUGGGGGGGGGGGGCUGGGGACGGACUAUGUUCCUGCUUCUCUAGGCCAGGUUCCAUCAUAGCAAUUAUAUUUAUU